AUGCAUGAUCUGAACCGCAUCAUUCCCCACACGUACUGUGAGCACAUAGGUGUUGCCCGGCUUGCCUGUGCAGAUAUCUCCAUCAACAUCUGGUAUGGCUUUUGUGUUCCCAUCAUGACGGUUAUCUCAGAUGUGAUUCUCAUUGCCGUUUCUUACACCCUCAUCCUCUGCACUGUUUUUCGCCUCCCCUCCCGUGAUGCUCGCCAGAAGGCCCUUGGCACCUGUGGUUCCCAUGUCUGUGUCAUCCUCAUGUUUUACACUCCUGCCUUUUUCUCUAUUCUUGCCCAUCGCUUUGGGCACAAUGUCUCUCGCACAUUCCACAUCAUGUUUGCCAACCUGUACAUUGUUAUUCCACCUGCACUAAACCCCAUUGUCUACGGAGUGAAGACCAAGCAGAUCAGAGAUAAGGUUAUAAUUUUGUUUGGUAAGAAGAGUACAGAAUAA